AUGACUUGUGCAGCGGCGGUGGCGGCCCUCAGGAUGCCACGGCUAGAAACCAUGGAGAUCUGGAACGGACAAAAAGGAUUGGCGGCGCUCUUUCAGUAUCGCGUGAUCCGCGGUUCACGGCAAACCAGGAAUCUUUGGAGGGGCACAUGGAAAUAUCACAUAACACCCUCUGUCCCUCAGGCUUGGGAAGCUGUCGGACAUCUACAUGACAGUUGGGGACUCGAUGUGGUCCAGGAACAGGUGGAGGAAGCAGACAUCCAGUCACAUGGCGAUGCCUUGCACCACCUACUGCUCUCUGGUCAAGUCAUUCGGUCUGUCUCAUUGCAGCAGAUCCGGAGGGAACAAAAGUAUCUCGAGGGCGUAGAUAUUGUAUCAUGA